UAGGGCAACCAACCAAUGAUAACUUACUUUUUUGCAAAUAUUUUUCUAUUUCCUUAUGUCCACUGUCUAACCUGCGUAUUGUUUAAGCCAAUUAUUACUGCCAAGUUUCCUAACGCUUGCCUAUUGGAGUUGCUGGCCAUUUGCAGGGGAUUGAUUGGUUCUCAAUGGGAGAGAACACACAUCUUCAGAGGAAGUUGUAGGGGCCGUCAAAAUAGAGUUUCCCACAGUAGCUCGAAAGACAUGGCCGUCGAAAAAAGAGUUGCAGAGGUAAAACCUAGGGAUUGUGGCCGAAUGCAGGGCACAAGAACAGGUGGUGAUAAAAGAAUGAUUUCAUCUGCAUGCAGGACACUUGCGGUAGACUAUAGAGCAUCGAUUUGUACAACAUUGAUAAUUAGAAAAGCACAGAGGUUUUUUAAUACAAAAGCUCAAAACAGCCACAAACCCAACAGUUAGCUCAAAACAGUCAGCAAGCUCACAAUGAAACUGAUUAAAAAAAGCCCAUGAAAUUACAUAAUUUAUUACCGCUAUACUAGUUUUGUCUUCAAAAUGUAAAGCAUAGUUAAUAGGCAAACAAUGUUCAAACCAGGUACUUUCAUUUUAAAUUCCACGUAAAUCAGCUAACAAUGUGGUCAGAUAAGAACGGAAACAGACACAUUUAGCAAUAUAUGUCUUUAUAUAUAUUUUUUCCUUAUUGCAA